GGAGCGAGAUGCAGUCCUUCUGCCACUGCCUGACCAUCUUCAAUAUGACAGAGGGAUGGCAGACCCUCCAGAACGUCUGCCAGGUGUCGUACAAGCAGAUCUUCCCCUUCAUCUUAAUGCUGGCAGCCGUGACCAACAUCAUAAAUGUGGCAGUACUGCUGCGGCCGGUACACCGGGCAAGCAGAACCACCUCCAUGCCCACCCGCACCCACCUGGUGUGGCUAGGCCUCUCACACUGUGUCCUCUGCGUAACCGUCACCGUCGCCCUUAUCGUUAGGAAGAAGGUCAGCCUGGUCUACACCUGGGCCUUCUACCUGGCGCACCUGGAGGAGCCUAUCUAUAAUAUGUUCAAUUGUAGCUGCGCCUUCAUCAUUCUGGGCGUGUCCACCGACCGCUAUCAGGCCGUGUGUAGCCCUCAUAAGUAUUCGGCCACCCUGAGCUACCACAAGAUGCCCGGCAGGGUGGCUCUUGCUUACACCGUCUCCGCCGUCAUGUAUUUCCCCAGCUGCUUCUCACAGGCGCCGCAGUACAGCGACCACCACCAGGGUUGGUACAUCACCAAAGGUGCCAUCUUUGACACUCGGGCGUGGAUGAUAUGGUCUGUGUCGCUGGAAGUGCUGCAUCGCUUCUUACCCUGUGCACUUUUGGUAGUCCUUAACUUACAGAUCCUGAGGGCCGUCGUGCGACUGAAAUUUGCCAGAACCUCGGUACGGACAACAGCCAGGGCCGGUGGGAGUCGCUGCGAGCAGAAAAUCAUCUACUUGCUGCUGACAUUGACCUUAACCUUCCUGGUGAUCAACUUGCCAGUCGCAGUCCUGAAGACGACCUACCUUGUGCAGGGUCAACACUGCCACACCAACGUCACCCUCGAGGUGGUGCGCAGUGUGACCAACUGCCUGGAAUUGGCUGGCAUUUGUAGUGACUUUUUCCUCUAUUUCCUCAUGAAUCCCGAGUAUCGGCGAGACGUGCACAGUCUGAUGCUGUGUGUGUUUGGGCUGUGUGGUUGCUGUUCCUCCCUUACAAACUGCUGUCCACUCCAGGACUCUCCAGACCCCCAUCCCACGACCACUUAGCUCACGUUAGGGAAAAUAUAUUUUGUUGUUACGUCGACGAGCUUUGUAAUUGCUAGUGUUGACUAAUUCAUCCAAUGAUACAAAUUUUGCAUCAGCCCGAGCUGCCUGACGUUGCUUGUACAGAACCGCUGUCCAGCCUUGACCUCUGAGGAACACUGAUUCAAUAUAUUAUACAGAAUUAGGUAAAUGCAGUAGGCGGAUAAAUUUCACCAUAAAACAUACAAAUAACGAUCUACUUAUUACAUUAAUUGUUAUUGUGCAUCAUUUUGACUGGAUUUGUUUUUAUGUGAAAUUACUUUUACC